CUAGUCUCCAGGGAGUAAGCGUGCGUCUUUGGGCCUUUAAUCAUGCCUCACCCGCAGGAAUCUUUCUCGAACCCUGCCUUAGGCGACGAAGACACACAUUUGGGAAAUCCACUGGCUUCUAAGAAAUCACCAUAUAAGAACCCAACCCACCUGGCACAGCAGCAGGAUCCCUGGAGUCGGCUCAGCUCAACCCCCACGGCCACGUCCAUAAGGCGAGACGCCUACUUUUUUGAUCCUAAGAUACCAAAGGAUGAUCUGGAUUUCCGCUUAGCUGCCUUGUAUGACCACCACACUGGGGCAUUCAAGAACAAAACUGAGAUACUGUUACACCAGGAGACCAUUGAGGAUAUCCAGGGAACCAAGAUCCAGUUCCCUGGAGAACGUUUCCACUCUCCUUCAGCCCCCAUUACCUCUCGGACCACCAUCAGGCACUGGAUCAACCCUAAGAAAGAAUCCAUCCAUAGCAUUCAGGGAUCCAUAGUGUCUCCUCACACAGCAGCCACCAAUGGAGGUUACUCCCGGAAAAAUGAUGGUGGCUUCUUCUCCACCUAGUGGUGACAAUCAGGCUAAUUUCAACAU